AGGUGUAACGGGUUUACGCACAGACUCUAACGAGGAUACUCGAACAUAAGCGAUACUCCAACCCCAGUAAUAACAUAGGGAUGGAGUUUGGAAUUUCAUUAAAACGUAUCACUCAGUGAGACAUUUGUAAAAUAGUGAGGGUUACCAUAGAGGUAGCCUAACUCUUUUAUGCUGCUUUAACUCUGAAAGUUUUCGUUUGGGUGAUUUCGACUCCGAGACGGUUGGCGGGACAUAGAGAAGCGACUGGGAGGAUAAGGACCCAGCUGUAAUUAAAUCUCACUUUUCAAACAACUGGAGGAACUGUGACCAGGACACUAACAAAAGCACAUUUUGGGUAAAAAAACAAGUGCAGGGACAUUUGCAGUACCAGGACCUCUGCUUACAAAGGUAGUAGCGCUGCAGUAAUGGAAGAAUCCUCGGAAGACUAUGACAAUUACACCUAUGAUUAUCUGGAGUAUGGAGACUUGGAAAAAGAAAAAGGUGGAUACUCUCAGAAGGAGGCUAUGCACAUCCUAUCAGUUAUCAUAUAUAGUAUUUCCUUCGUGCUCGGUGUCACUGGAAAUGGAAUAGUCAUAUGGGUCACGGCGUUUAAAAGCAAACGGACAGUGAACAGUAUAUGGUUGCUGAACAUGGCUAUCGCAGAUUUUGUGUUUGUGCUCUUUUUGCCCUUCUCCAUCGACUACGUCCUUCGAGACUUCCACUGGUCCUUUGGGCUGGUCAUGUGUAAACUCAACUCGUUUGUGUCUGUGAUGAACAUGUACGCCAGUGUGCUCUUCCUCAUGAUUCUCAGUCUAGACAGGUAUGUCUCAUUGGUCCACCUUAGCUGGUCUCAGAGGUGUCGCACUAUACGGCGAGCCUGGAUCGUGUGUGGCUGUGUGUGGGGGGUGUCUGCUCUACUGAGCCACCCUACUCUGAUAUUCCGUGACACUAUGCACAUAUAUGGCAGGGUGGUGUGCUUCAACAACUUCAAUGUCCAGGAUGGACAUACAGCUGCUGUGAGACAUAUCACGUUGGUGGCAGUUCGUACAGCAGUGGGCUUCUUACUGCCCUUCAGUGCCAUCUGCGUGACUGGAAUUCUCCUGGCAAUCAAAGUCCACCAGUCUGAAGACUCUGUGCGCCUAUCCAGCUUCUCUAAAACAGUUUCCGCUGUCAUUCUGGCCUUCUUUUUUUGCUGGGCACCGUUCCAUACUUUUAGUUUAAUGGAGCUUUCCAUGCACUCUUCAAUGUUUCUACAUACUGUUCUGAAGACAGGUUUUCCUCUUGCUACUAGCUUAGCCUUUUUCAACAGCUGUGUCAACCCUCUCCUCUACAUGUUGGUGGGCAAGAAGGUUCGCCAGCUCCUGAAGCGCUCGUGUCUGGACAUCACAAAGAGUUAUCUGCGGGAGCUCAGCCAGUCCAUCUCUGCAACUGAGUCGGUGACUGUGGCAGACGUCGGUCCUUCAGACAUCCCUCCACCAGAGGAGCCCACAGAAUCAUCAACUGUAUGAUUAUAAUGCAGUACAUCCUAAACUCACAGUUACCUGUAAACAGAAAUCAACAAGAGCUGCUAUUUUACCUUUGAGAGCCAGCCUGACCAUUAUUUUACCAGAUGUGACUUAUUUUAUAUUCUACUUCAGUGUAACAUUUCUGUUUGUUGUUUCAGUUGGCUAUUUCCAAGCAGCAAUUACUCAAAGUGCCAACUUCUGUUGACUGUAAAUUGCCCUCAGUGGAAAACCUGAGUAAAGUCUUGCACUAAAAGUAUGACUUGCACAGGAAAAAAGAGGUAACUUUAAUGAUUUGAAAAAAUAAUCUGAUCCUAAUUACCCCAAAAACAAACAGGAAAGGGGGCCAACCAUCCCCACAGCCUCUGGAACAGGAAUUAUUAGAAGCAGAUCUACCAUUUUCAUAAACACUUUGUAUUUAGAUUUCGAUCUUUAAACAAAUCCAAGUUGGGAAUUUGCAAAUCUCCGUAGGCCUUUUCUUUCCCUUAGGAAUAUAUUACAUUGAAAAGGUAUGUUUUCCUUUCUAAGCUAAUUUCCUGUUACAGUGUUCUCUGUUAUUAUACACUAUAAAAAAUGCUGGGUUAAAAACAUCCCAAUGUGGGUAAAUAUUGGACAGAACACAUGUUGGGUUAUUUUGACCCAGCCAGUUGGGUAACAAACAACCCAUUGUUUUCUUUAAAAGAGAAAGGUUGGGUUGUUGAUGCUAUGAUCCACCGGGUCAGACCAGAAGACUGGAGGCGUGACUUAGUAGGGGUGUGGUUUUUAGAUAGUUAUUUUUGGCCACCUGUGAGGGCAAAUGUCAUUCCGAUUAAUCUGUUCUGUUUUCUUGUCAUCACCUGUUAAGGUUGAGCACUGACACUUUUCAAAUCAAAUCCAAUUUUAUGAGUCACAUGCACAGAAUACAACAGUUGUAGACCUUACUGUCAAAGGCUUACUUACAAGCCCUUAACUGACAGUGCAGUUCAAGAAAUAGAGUUGAGACAAUAUUUACUAAAUAAAAUAAAAUAAUUAAAACUAACACAAUAAAAUAACAAUAAAAAGGCUAUAUACAGGGGGUACCGGUACCGAGUCAAUGUGCAGGGGUACAGGUUAGUUGAGGUAAUUUGUACAAGUAGGUAUAGUGGCUAUGCAUAGAUAAUAAACAGAGAGUAGUAGCAGUGUUAAACAAAGGGGGGGGGGGUCAAUGUAAAUAGUCCGGGUGGCCAUUUGAUUAAUAGUUCAGCAGUCUUAUGGCUUGGAGGUAGAAGCUGUUAAGGAGCCUUUUGGACCUAGACUGGGCGCUCGGUACCGCUUGCCAAGCGGUAACAGAGAGAACAGUCUAUGACUUGGGUGACUGGAGUCUUUAACAAUUUUUUGGGCCUUCCUCUGACACCUCCCAGUAUAUAGGUUCAGGAUGGCAGGAAGCUUUGCCCCAGUCAUGUAUAGGGCCAUACGCACUACCCUCUUUAGCACCUUACGGUUGGAUGCCGAACAGUUACCAUACCAGCCGGUGAUGCAACCGGUCAAGAUGCUCUCGAUGGUACAGCUGUCGAAAGUUCUGAGGAUCUGGGGACCCAUGCCUAAUCUUUUCAGUCUCCUGAGGGGGAAAGGUGUUGUCGUGCCAUCUUCACGACUGUCUUGGUGUGUUUGGAUCAUGAUAGUUUGCUGGUGAUGUGGACCCCAAGAAACUAGAAACUCUCGACUCGCUCCACUACAGCCACAUAUAUGUGAAUGGGGGCGAGUUCUGCCCUCCUUUUCCUGUAGUCCACGAUCAGCUCCUUUGUCUUGCUCACGUUGAGGGAGAGGUUGUUGUCCUUGCACCACACUGCCAGGUCUCUGACAUCCUCCCUAUAGGCUGUCUCAUCACUGUCGGUGAUCAGGCCUACUGUUGUGUCGUCAGCAAACUUAAUGAUGGUGUUAGAGUCAUGCACUCCUGAGGAUCAGAGUGGCAGAUGUGUUGUUGCCUACCCUUAUCAUCUGGGGGUGGCCUGUCAGGACAUCCAGGAUCCAUCUGCAGAGGGAGGUGUUUAGUCCCAGAGUCCUUAGUUUAGUGAUGAGCUUUGUGGGCACUAUGGUGUUGAACGCUGAGAUGUAGUCAUUGAACAGCAUUCUCACAUAGGUUUUCCUUUUGUCCAGGUGGGAAAGGGCAGUGUGGAGUGCAAUUGAGAUUGCACAAUCUGUGGAUCUGUUGGGGCGGUAUGUGAAUUGGAGUGGGUCUAGGAUUUCUGGGAUGAUGUGGUUGAUGUGAGCCAUGACCGGCCUUUCAAAUCACUUCAUGACUACCAACGUGAGUGCUACGGGGCGGUAGUCAAUUAGGCAGGUUACCUUCGCUUUCUUGGAUACAGGGACUAUUCACUUCCAUGCUGGGUUGACUCAGCAGAUGUGUUUUUAAUGUAAUCCGUAGGUUAUUUUCAAGAGGCAUGGCUUUCAUGAGAGUAAAUGUCAUUCCUGUUCAUCAUGUUAUAUUUGGUAAACUUAUAAUAUAGACAUUCCUUUAAUAUUCUUUGAAUAUGAAAUUAAUAACAGUAUUUAACUAUCCCAACAUUGGGAUAUGCAUCAGCACUUGAACAACUUACAUUUACAUUUACAUUUAAGUCAUUUAGCAGACGCUCUUAUCCAGAGCGACUUACAAAUUGGUGCGUUCACCUUAAGACAUCCAGUGGAACAGCCACUUUACAAUAGUGCAUCUAAAUCUUUUAA